ACGCCCGGCUCUGAUAACAAUUUCACUACGUAUCACUGCCUCCUAGCGAGCCAACGGAAAAUGAAACCCUUCAUAAUAAUCACCUUGAUCAUCAGUUAUAAUGUUAUUAGUGCAAACAUUUGUGCAGACUGUGUGUGCCGAGAUAAUGUGCAAGAUAAUCAAGACUAUCUAGGAGAAAAUGUUGACUGUUCAUAUUACAACGGUAGUGCGAACAUUUUUAGGACUAACUUCAGCCUUCCAAGUGUUGUGUACUCCUUGGAUCUGUCGUCAAACAACAUCACACAGCUGGAAGCAUCUAAUAUCCUAAAGUCGACUACACUGAUCGAGCUAAGUUUAGAUAACAACGCAAUCAAAGAAAUAAGAACCAAGAUAUUGCGUUUUCCUCGACUGAAAUGGUUGGAUUUGAGUCACAACAGACUGGAAUACAUAGACAAAGAAGCGUUCAGAGGUGUGAAUAAAUUGGAGUAUUUGAAUUUGGCUAACAAUAGAUUAACGACUCACGAAAAUGUCGGUUUCCAUCGGCUGAGUAAUCUGAACGAACUCGUUUUGGACAAUAACGUCCUAGGGCCCGAUCUGAUGGACACUAGUUUGUUUGAUAGGGAGGGAUUCGGACUGACGCACAAAAUACAGAGCUUGAGUAUAAGCGGCCUACAUUUAAAUGAAGUUCCCGACAACUUUUUCUCGGACGCUUACGACAUAAGAACACUAAUCAUUUCGCACAACAAUUUGACGGACACGUUCGAAUUCCCGUUCACGUUGGAAUAUUUGGAUUUGUCCGACAAUCCGAUCACGGAAAUCUCCGAAGAGGAUUUUUCGGAGCUGCCUGGACUUAAAGUGCUGAAACUGAAUAAUUUACGAAUCAAAGAGGUUCCCGAAUAUGUUUUCGCGCCUUUACAUGGUCUGGAACAUCUAGAACUGGAGAGGAAUAAGAACUUAACAGUAUUCAGCUCUCUAGCUUUCGGACAGGAGGUUUUGGAUGACCCGGAUUAUUUUGUUUUGGAAAAACUGUCCCUGAAAGGAUCAAGACUGUCGAAGCUAGAGAAAGAUCUGGCGGUGCCGUUCGGGCAGCUGAAUCUGCUGGACCUUCAAGGCAACCCGUGGAAGUGCGACUGUGAGUUGACGUGGUUAAAAACGCUACAGAUACAGCCCGAAUAUUACGAACAUUUGAGGUGCGGCUCGCCAAAACCUUUCUACAACAGCAAGAUCUUCGAGCUCGACUCCAAAUACUUCUCUUGUACCCUGACCGUUCACCACAUAGGGUUGGUCAUCGCCGUCAUCGCGUUUUGCGUGUGUCUAGCAUCCAUAGCCAUCUGGCUCUUCGUCUAUGUACCCAAAUACCAGUCUCGAGGAGGUUUCAUAACUCAUAUGUAUACGGCACCGACGGCUGCAUACACUAUGCUACCUAUGAACAGUCCUGGGAAUAACUAAAAUCAAGAUUUUUGUUGUUAUUGUUUUUAAUUUUAAUAUUACGCCGGCUGUGCUCGUAGUUUAAUGUAUUUAAGACCGUCUUUGUUAGAUUUUGUG